AAGUGUUGGUUUGAAUAUUAGUUUUCUUUUUCAUCAGAGAAACUUGAAAAAGGCUAUUAAAAUAGAUGCUGUUGAUUCUUCAUCUGGUGUUCUGCUCCCUUACUAUGAUCAUGACACAAGAAUUGUUUAUCUUGCUGGAAAGGGUGAUGGAAAUGUCAGAUAUUAUGAAUUGUCUGAUGCGGAGCCGUACUUCACUUUUCUUAAUGAGUACCGCAGUUCAUCUCCCCAGCGUGGUUUUGGUGUUAUGCCAAAGAGAGGUCUUGACGUAACUGCUUGUGAGAUCUAUAGGUUUUAUAAGUUACACAACAACAACUUUGUGGAGCCAAUUGCCAUGACUGUCCCUAGAAGACAAACUGGCAUAAUUCAGCGAGACUUGUAUCCAUUAACCCCGUCAGAUAAACCUUCCAUGAAAGCUCGGGAAUGGAUCGACCAAGGUUUAAACAGAAACCCAGACCUUAUGGACCUGUUGAAAGACUUUCCUCUUCAAGAUGGUGAGACAGAAACUCGUGACAUGAGAUCAAGAGAGCAGAGAGAAGUUGCCAGUGCAAGGCAAAUGGCUACCAGGAGUCCAACUUCAGAAUCACCACCGAAAUCACCUGUAAGAGUUAGCAGUAGAAAUGAAGAACGUCGUUCAUCUGAUACAAACCAUGUACCGUCAAGAGGCCAGAAUGGAGAGAGUGAUAUCCAGUAUGUCAAAGCAACUGAAGUAUUAAGCAGGCCUGACACCAAACACAAAGAUCCUAUUCAGGUAACAGCCAAAGCAGUGGUAAACAGUAGAGUGUCAUCUCCAGAGAAAAGACGGACGGGUGGAGACAGGCGCUCAGGAGACUUUGCAAACUGGGAUAUCGACACUUUACGACUGGCGUACAGUGACCAGAGAGAGGAGAUCAUCUUCCUACAGACACAACUUAGAGCCAGAGAUGCCAAGAUAGCACAACUUGAGAAAGAAAAUGAUUACUUUCGGGAAAAAUCCCAGAGGUUCUGAUGCUGAGCAAUGUCUAACACAACUUCAAAGAAAACGGUAGAUGAUUAUAAAAGAAAGCGGUGUGUUUGGUUGUUAAAUGACAAACAAUCUGCGCAUCUGUUAAUUAAAAAGCUAACGGGCAGGUUUCCCUAUCUAUGUGUAGAUGCUUCAUCGAAAUUUAUUUCUGUGAAAUGAUGGUGGUCAGAUGUAACCUGCUAGUGUUUGUCUUUAUUUAUGUGCAUGUUUUUUAAAACUAUUGUUAUUUGUUUCUAGUUUGAUAUAAUUGAGAAGAAAGGCUAUAAAUUCUCUAAUCAUUGCAUUUGAAAAAUUAGAAGACAACUCACUGAUGUAAAGAGGGUAAAAUCACAUUGUAAUUACGUUUAGGCAGCAUUAUCCUUUACAAAUCAGGAAACUUGGAAAUGCAAAUGACUGUGUAUAGCAUUUGUAAAUUGCACACGGCAGACUUUUUAGCUAGUAUCGUAAAAAAAAAAUCAUUUCCAUUACCGAGAGCUAUGUUUUGUACACAGGCUAACCUGAGCACUAUAUAAGGCUAACCAGAGUGCUAAUUAGGCCUAAAUGAAAUCUGCAGUCUGUAGAUGUUUACAGCCUUUCAAUAAAAGGCAAAUUAUCGUCCCAGAACCGUGAAAGGCAACAGAUUAUGUUGCCAAAAGCUCAAAACUUAGUUUGUUUUGUUUCGAAAAGGAGCAAUGUGAAGUUAACACCUGGUGAUUUCUCUUAAUUCUACGGUGUAUAUAUUAAGCCGAUAAUAAUAAAUUAGAAUAUAGAUAAAUUGCAUGUGCAGUAUAGACAAGAACAGUGGCUAGUAGAAAUUCCACCAUGCUUCCCCGCAUUACAGUUUAUUGAUUUAAAUUUCCAGAAGAUUGGGUUCAUUCCUUGAGUUUUCAUGUCAUAAGCUCUAAGUAGUAAUUUUAUUAACGGCUAGGAUUAAUUAAGGCUAAUUAGGCUAUUAAAAGUAAUUUCAUGUUUCAAUCGGACCAAACCUUUUAAUUCUGCAAUAAAAUGGUUUUUCCCAGUCCCACAUUUCACACCUUAAUGGCGCGAAAUGUAAAUUUGUACUUUAGUAUAUAGAUGACACGUUGCCGAAUCAGAUUGCUUCAAAAUUUCAUGGAAAAAA